ACAAUUUAGAUGCGGAUUCUAAAAGUUUGGCCCCCCGCUUUAGGAAACCGUUGACGUCACAAACUGCCGCCUAUAUAUAAACUUUUGUGUUUGAAGAUGAACUUUUCUCAGAUGACAAAGGGGAGCAAGUUCAGAUAGAGUGCACGAAAUCGUCUUCUGUAAUAGACAAGAUGGCACCGAAACGUAAGAGGACUACCGAGACAAUAAGUGCACAAUGGAGCUUGGGAAAUCAAGGAGCGCUUGAUGUGACGAAGAUUUGUCUAGGUCCACGGCCGGGCAUGAUUAGCAAUGAAGAUUUUAUGAUCUUGGAUGCACGAUGGAGCAACAUUAGCGAGGAAGAAAUUAUGACUAUGCAGUAUCAAGAAGCUGGAAGAUUACGAAAAGUGGGUGAAGAAGGGAGAAAAAAACUGGAGCUUAGUCCAGAUGAAAAACGACUGGCAGUGAAACAAUUGAACGAAGCCAAAAGGAGGGAGCUCAUACAAACUAAAGAAAUGAACAAGUACUUCAGGAAAAAACCGGUUUGAUGAGAAAUCUUUUCAUGAGGAUAUUCAAAGAUAUGGUAGCCUCUAUGUCUUCUGUUUCGGUUUUGCGAAACUUGAAAGUCCCACUUACAAGAAUUUCAUGGAAUCUCUGGCCAACGACCACGAUAACUACAAGGUUUAUUUUGCACCUAAUAAAUCUUUGGCAUAUAGUGUUGGAUUGGUAAAAGAACUCACACCUGAAGAACAAAACCUCAAGCCUGGAGACAGCGGAUAUAAAACUAAAGAAUUUGACACUGGCCUCCAUGAAAUUGGAAGCAUGCUUGAUAAUGAUAACUAUGGUGUUCUUUUAACUAACAAAACAGAAGACGAGGUACUCAGCAAGUUUGGCGAAUAUAGAGAAUAUGAUUUUAUAAAUGCAGGCAGCACACCAAUGGAAACGCUGGUGUUUGAGAAAGAUGAGCCUUUACCGCCCCUUACAAGUGCAAAGAAAUUGUGUCCCAAAUUAAAGAAGUUAGGCAUGCCUGUCGAACCCAGUGGCAAGGACCUUAAGCUGACUGAAAGAUUCGUUGUCUGUGAAGUUAAAAAACGCGUGACAGAGAAUGCUGCUAAAAUUCUGAUACUUCUUGAGAGAAAGAUGUUCAAUUUUGUCCUUCUACCCGUAUGCUACUGGAGUAGAACCACUAAAGAAACCAAAUCUCUUGUUGUUGUACUUCUGCAGCGCUGUUAUCCCCAGACUUCUUCAUAUUGACUGCAUUCUUUUCCUUCUUCUUGGUUUUAUAUUUUUAUGCAGUAUGGACUUGCCUAUUAGACAGUAAAUUGGGGAUCUCUCCAUCUUGGUUUGGAGCUAAGCAGGCAGAUGGUUCAAGGGUGAAGAUUAGUGGUGGCCUGAUUGCAGUACUCAUAUUAAGCUAAAUUAAGUACUACUUUUUUUUCGAUCUCUCCAUCUUGGUUUGGAGCUACGCAGAUGGGGGUGACUCGUGUUUAGCUUAAUUAAGAACUUUUUUGGUUCAAUGUUUUAUACCCCCUUGAGUUUGGACUACGAUGAUGUUUUCCGUAGUGUUCAGUACUUCAAUUGAUGUGUAGUUAUUUA